GAGCUCCAUGUGUGUCAAUGCCACCACCUGUCGUUGCCUGCCAGGAUUCAGUUCUUUGUCUGGAGUGCUCUUCACCAAUCUCUCAGAGAUCUGUGAUGACAUCAAUGAGUGUGGACCACCAGCGACAGUGUCCUGUGGAAAAUUUGCAGACUGCCAGAACACGGAUGGGAGCUACUACUGCACGUGCAUCCCGGGAUAUGAGCUUGUGUCUGGGGGAGCAACAUUCAGGAAUGAGAGUGAGAACACGUGCCAAGACGUGGAAGAAUGUAAGCAGAACCCCAAAAUAUGUAAAAGCCGCAGCAUCUGCAUCAACACCCAGGGCAGCUACACCUGCAAGUGCCAGCCCGGCUUUGAGCUCAACCCGAAGGACCCGAAGCAGUGCACAGGUCCUGCUGUGUUGGGCCUUGUCUCCAUCCCAGGGAUGGGCAAGUUGCUGACAGAGGCCCCUCUGGCCCUGGAGUCUGAGAAGCAGGACGUUCUGCAUGAGACACACAAGCGUUUUCUACGAAAUGUCUCCUCCGUCCUGCUCUCAGAUGUCAUCUCUGCCUUUAUGAGCAGCAAUGCCACCCAAAACCUCCACUCCCCUGUCACCUUUGUCUUCAAGCAUUCAGUGCGUCAGUCAUGGCAGGAGAUACUUUGUGUCUACUGGGAGCAUGACCAGAAUGGAUGUGGUGGCCACUGGGCCACUAAAGGCUGCAGGAUGGUGAGCGCCAGAGACACCAGUACCACCUGCCAGUGCACCCACCUCAGCAGCUUUGCUGUCCUCAUGGCCUCCUACAGUGUGCAGGAGGAGGAUCCUGUGUUGGCUGUGAUCACCUACGUGGGACUGAGCCUCUCUCUGCUUUGCCUCUUCCUGGCCGCCGUGACUUUCCGGCUGUGCAAAACCAUCCAGAACAUCAGUACCUCCCUCCACCUGCAGCUCUCACUCUGCCUCUUCCUUGCCCACCUGCUCUUCCUCACGGCCAUUGACAGAACUGAAAUCAAGGUCCUGUGUGCCGCCAUCGCAGGGACCUUACGCUACCUGUACCUGGCCUCCUUCACCUGGAUGCUGCUGGAGGGCCUGCACCUCUUCCUCACUGCGCGCAACCUGAUGGUGGUCAACUACGCCAGUGUCAACAGGUUCAUGAAGAAGUUUAUGUUUCCGGUGGGCUAUGGAGUCCCAGCUGUGAUUGUGGCCAUUUCCGCAGCAUCCAGGCCUGACCUUUAUGGAACAGCUGCCUAUUGCUGGCUCCACACAGAGAAGGGAUUGAUAUGGGGCUUCCUUGGACCAGUCUGUGCCAUCUUCUCUGUCAAUAUAGUUUUCUUCCUGAUGGCACUCUGGUACCUGAAAAACAAACUCUCUUCCCUCAACAGUGAUGUGUCCACCAUCCAUAAUACAAGAAUGCUGACAUUUAAAGCUACUACUCAGGUCGUCAUCUUGGGAUGCACAUGGUGUUUGGGAAUCCUGCAGGUGGGUCCUGGUGCCCAGAUCAUGGCCUACCUGUUCACCAUCAUCAACAGCCUGCAGGGCGUCUUCAUCUUCCUGGUCUACUGCCUACUCAACCAGCAGGUCCGGGAGCAAUAUGGAAGAUGGUACAAAAGGGUCAGGAAGUUGGGAGCUGAGUCUGAGAGCCACACACUCUCUAGCAGGGUCAUUUCGGAUGCCUCCAAACCAAGCAUGGUAAGGUUACAGAUUUUGCCCUUCACUAAUUGA